AUGAAAAUCACAAUAUUCACUUCCAAAUUUGAAGACGAGGGUGAAAUCACCAGCAUAGAAACCUUGAAGUACAACUUUGGUACAAUAGAAAUAGCUACAGAUAACUUUGCUGACAGUAACAAGCUUGGAAAGGGUGGAUUUGGGGCUGUUUACCAG